GAGGCGGCACUUGCGGCAGCCCAUGCAGCUGCGGAGGUGGUGAAACUGACCAGUGGCGGAGGCGGCGGUUCUGCUGGUGGUGAUGGUGGUGGUGGCAGCCACCGGCGUUUGGCACAGGAAAUGGCGGCAGUCAGGAUACAGUCCGCCUUUCGAGGUUAUUUGAUAAGUGUGGUGUUGUUCUUCUUGAUUUUUUCUCCCUUCUAUAGAGACAUGUGACGGUCGCCUCCGUAAAAAACGUCAAAUUCUGUCCGCGCGUGAAUAAACGCGCUUACGGGAUUGAACCGUCGCGGUUGUCCCGAUGUCCUCAGUUUUUAUCACUUUCAAAUGCCCUCGGAAGUCGGAACUACGGUUUCAUUUUAUCAUUCCAAUAUUACCUGAGACGGUCUAACCUACGAAGAGUAUCGAUGGAGGGGACGAAAUUAGAGAUGAUUUUAGAAGAUGAUAAGUUAUGCAGAGUCAAAUUAGUAAUUACACCAUAUAUGAAUUCUUCCAUCACUUGUCAUCUUUAAAAUCGUCUUUCAAUUUCGUUCCUUUCAUCAUUACUCAUUUCUUCUCUUUUUUUUUUUUUUUUUUCAACUUUCUUCCCUUGUUUUCGAAUUUUAGUAGAAUUGACCCUAAAAAACUGAUAUCCCUCUAUUUUUUUUUCUUCUUUCCUCUGCUUCCUCCCUCUCUGGUUUUUCAUUGGCUUUUCUCUUCUUUCAUGCAGAUUUAUAGAUUUUUUUUUUUUUCUCGUCCGAUAUCCGGGGCUUCGCCUCGACUAAUUCGAAUUCAACCCAUGUCGUGCACCUGAAAAUGAUGGGUGAGUUUCCCAGCGGGAGCUACUGUGUACUUAAGAUCUCAAACUCAAGAUAUUACUUAAACUAAAACAAACCGCUUACCACUUAAUCCAACUUCUCAUUGGUAGAUUUAUAGAUUGCAGAGAGCAGAAUUCUUUCUUCCUCCCUUCGAGAAACAAAAAAAGGAAAUACGAGUUCUAAUAUAAGAUAUUGAUGUCAAAAAGAGAGAAAAUAAAAAAGAAAUUGACGCGAGUGGGACCCACUGACUUCCCAAAACUGGAUUCGUGCUGUCCAUCACACGGCUCCAUGGGGAAGUGAUCUCACGCGCGCUUGGUGAUGGGGGACUUAGGGAAGUGCUUUCCGUACUAUUUUAUAGUCCUUAUAGCUUAUUGAUGGAAUUAAAUUUUUUUUAUAGCACUUUAUUAAUGGAAUUAUGAGAACAAAACCAUUAUUGAUUGUGUUUUUGGUGAAACUAAUGGUAAUUGCUAAUUGGCAUGGAUUGGGAACAAGAGUACAAUCAUUGCCACAUAAAUGUUCUAUUGAUCA